AGAGGUUGGUGAAUUUCAGGGAUGUUUCCAUUGACUUCUCUCAGGAGGAGUGGGAAUUCCUGGACCCUGCUCAGAGGGACUUGUACAAAGGUGUGAUGUUGGAGUACUAAAGCAACCUGGUUUCACUGGGAACCAGAAGGCCUAAACCAUCUGUAAUCUCCUUACUUGAGAAUGGGAAAGAGCCAUGGCUGGAAGAGAGAAUGGUGACAGGAGCCACAAGCUUAGGGGAUUCUGGGAGGCGACAUCGCCGGUCUUGGGUCGUUGGGCGUGUUUCCAGAGCCAGCGGGGCUGGGAGGACUUUGUUCUCCAAAAGAGAAAAUUGAAGAAGGAAGGAAGAAUGGCUGUUGGACUAUGUAAAUCCAUGUCCCAGGGUUUGGUGACCUUCAGGGAUGUGGCUCUAAAUUUUUCCCAAGAGGAGUGGGAAUGGCUGGACUCAUCUCAGAAGGAUUUGUACAGAGAUGUCAUGUUGGAGAACUACAGGAACUUGGUAUGGCUUGGACUUUCCAUUUCUAAGCCCAACAUGAUCUCCUUAUUGGAGCAAGGGAAGGAUCCUUGCAUGGUGGAGAGAGAGAUGUCAGAUGGUCAAUAUGCAGAAUGGGACUCUUUGUAUGAAAUCAAGGCAUUAUCUCCAAAAUGGUACAUUGAUGAAGAGGAAAUAUCCCAGGGGAUGAUAAUGGAAAGACUUACAAGUUAUGGCCUUGAAUCCUCCAGUUUCAGAGAAGCCUGGAAAUAUAAGGGUGAAUAUGAGCAGCAUCAGGGAAAUCGGGAGAGUCAUUUCAGGCAAGUGACAACUCUUAAGGAAAUCUCUGCCAUGAAAAGAGACAAUGAAUAUAAUAAUUCUGAGAUAAAUGUUCUCUUGAACUCAGUACUUUUAACACAACAGAGAGUUCCCACAGUAAAACAAGUACAUAAAUUUGAUAUUUAUGAUAAAAUGUUCCCCGCAAAUUCAGUUCUAACUGAACAUAAAGGACUACAUGCUGAGAAGGAAUCUUUGAUAGGUAAUGAAUGUGAAGAAUUCAACCAGAAUACAUACCUUAGUAAAGAUGCAGAAAUUCCUCCUGGGGAGAAACAUUACGAAAGUAAUGAUUUUUCAGAUCUCUUAAGUUUCCACUCAUUACUUACUCAACAUCACACAACUCAUCUUGGAAAAUUAUCCCAUGGAUACGUUGAAUGUGGUGCUGCCUUUAGCUGUUAUUCGUUCUUUACUCAACCUCAGAGAAUUCACAGUAGAGAGAAACCAUAUGCAUGCAAUGACUGUGGAAAAGCCUUUAGCCAUGACUUCUUUCUCAGUGAGCAUCAGAGAGCUCAUACUGGGGAGAAACCAUAUGAAUGUAAGGAAUGUAACAAAGCUUUCAGACAGAGUGCACACCUUGCUCAACAUCAGAGAAUUCACACUGGAGAGAAACCCUUUGCAUGCAAUGAAUGUGGGAAGGCCUUUAGCCGUUAUGCCUUCCUUGUGGAACAUCAGAGAAUUCACACAGGAGAGAAACCAUAUGAAUGUAAGGAAUGUAACAAAGCCUUCAGACAGAGUGCACACCUUAAUCAACAUCAGAGAAUUCACACUGGAGAGAAACCCUAUGAAUGUAAUCAAUGUGGAAAAGCCUUCAGCAGACGCAUAGCCCUUACUCUGCAUCAAAGAAUUCACACAGGAGAGAAACCCUUUAAAUGUAAUGAAUGUGGAAAGACCUUUGGCUAUCGCUCACACCUUAAUCAACAUCAGAGAAUUCACACUGGUGAAAAGCCCUAUGAGUGCAUCAAAUGUGGGAAGUUUUUUAGGACUGACUCACAGCUUAAUCGACAUCAUAGAAUUCAUACUGGAGAGAGACCUUUUGAAUGCAGUAAAUGUGGGAAAGCCUUCAGUGAUGCUUUAGUUCUAAUUCAUCAUAAGAGAAGUCAUGCAGGAGAGAAACCCUAUGAAUGUAACAAAUGUGGGAAGGCCUUCAGUUGUGGCUCAUACCUUAAUCAACAUCAGAGAAUUCAUACUGGAGAGAAACCUUAUGAAUGUAAUGAAUGUGGGAAGGCUUUCCAUCAGAUCUUGUCCCUUAGGCUACACCAGAGAAUUCAUGCUGGAGAAAAACCCUAUAACUGUAAUGAAUGUGGGAACAAUUUUAGCUGUGCUUCAGCUCUUCGACGACAUCAGAAAAUUCAUAAUAGAGAAGCUCUCUGAUUAUGUAUAACAAGUAUAAGAAAGAAAACAUUUAGUCACCAUUCAGUCCUUAUUAAAUAAAUAUCAGUGAGUUCUUCAGUUAGUAAUUCUAUGAAUGUAGUACCUAUGGAGAAGCCUUCAGUUCAUGAGCAUCCCUUAUUUGAAAUAGCCUGAGUAGUAGACAUCUGUUACUUUUGGAUCUGUUCUGUACCCUAUUUGAGACUUAUCUCACCCUCAAUGCAUAUCAUUCUGAUAAAAUUGUUUAAUCAGGAAGAGCAGUAGAUUGGUCAUAGGCAGGCCAAUUAUUUUCUUCAACCUCAUGAUAGAUAAGGGAUUUACAAAUGGCCCUGUCUAGACCAGUAGAGUCCUAGGGGGUCAUUGUUAUGGGUAGUAAGAAAAGAUUUUUUUUCCCCACCCCAGAAUUGCAAGUUUCAAGGAUUUAGUAAGGUUAAAAACUCACCAGUAGCCUUUUUGCCACCACAUGAAGAAAGCCUUCCCAGGAUAAAUCUAACACAAAGGAAAACUGAGGUCAGGGACAGAAAUCUGAGGAUGUUGUUUGAUCUUCUGGAUCCAAUCAUGUCUGAAGUUUACACCCCCUUUUACUUUUUCAUUUUUGUGAUCCAAUAAAUUUUCUUUUUUCUGCUUAUGUUAA